AUGAGUCAGAGCUGGGUGCUGAAGGUGAACAUCUACGAUGAUGGGUGCGUGAAGAAGGUGAUGAAGCUCCAGAAAAUCGAAGGAGUGAAUGUAAUUGUCAUAGAUUCCAGUCAAGGGCUGGUGACGGUGACGGGUAACGUGGACCCGAACAUGCUCAUCAAGAAGCUCAAGAAGUAUGGGAAGCACGCCGAGCUGUUAGGCCCUCCGAGGGGUUCGUCUAGCCAGAACAACAACGCUCAGAACAGCGGCAGGAAUGGCAAUGGAGGAGGUGGAGGUGGGGACAACAAUGGCCAUGAGGGUGGAGGAAACCACCAUGAUGGGGGCCAAGCAAAUAACGGAGCCCUGCUCAUCUACAAUGGAAUGGAUAAUCAUCAUGCCAAUGGCCGCCCUAACAGCGGCAGUGGUGGUGCAGGUGCUGGCGGCGGUUUCAUGAUCCAGAUAGGAGGUUACCGGCCAAUGGGCCAAAUGGGAUGUUACCCGCCAAUGGGCCGAAUGGGCGGUAUGCCAAUGGGCCCAAUGGGGGUUUACUGGCCUAUGGGCCGAAUGGGAGGUCACCGGCCAAUGGGCCGAAUGGGAGGUUGCCGGCCAAUGGGCCACAUGGGAGUUUGCCCGCCAAUGGGCCACAUGGGAGGGUACCGGCCAAUGGGUCAAAUGGGAGGUUACCUGCCAAUGGGCCAAAUGGGCGAUAUGCCUGCAAGUCAGGAUCUGCCGGCGAUGCACGGCGGCGGCUAUGACCAGAACCCGUAUCAGCAGCAACCCAUGGGCGUGAUGAUGAACCAGUACCAUCAGCAGCCGCACCACCAUGGCCAUGGGAACGAGAUGCACCAGCCUAUGAUGCGGCCUCCGGCCUCGGAAUGUUGCUUGAAGAGGUUCAACGAUGAGAGCAUGGAGCGCUGCACUGUCAUGUAA